CACACAACAUCAUUUUAUAAAUCAUGCUGUGUGCAGCACAUGACAAAGGUAGGCAAGCAGCUCCGUGAGGAGAACGUUAUAAUUGGGGACCAAAGAGGCUAUCAGACAAAUCAAGGAUUUAUCACAUCAACUGAAUGAGAGAGCUCUAGGUCACAUGAGCAGUCUGCUUCCUCAACAUAUUUCUUUCAGUAUUUUCACUCCUGCUUUAGAAAUGACUGCAAGUGCCAGCUGUGAUGCCGUUGGCCUGCAUAUUUGCAAGCUAAUGUAACAGAGAAACACUGUGUAAUGCUAUUAGAGUGUCUCAGAGGAGCCGGUUUAGAUUUGGAUUCUGUACCUUUCCCAACAGGUCUGUGGAAUAAUGGUCACUGCAUGGACUGAACGGGCAGUUGAAGGAUCUUAAACACAGGAUGGAGAAUGAAGCUAUUCAACUGGAAAAGCAACAUGUACACAGCGUUUAUGAGAAAACUGCCCCGUACCUCAGUGACCUGCGGUGCAAGGCCUGGCCUCGGGUAAAACAGUUUCUGCUGGAUCAGGAACCUGGAAGCUUGAUUGCUGACAUUGGUUGUGGGACUGGGAAAUAUCUAAGUGUGAACAGUCUUAUCUACAACCUUGGCUGUGAUUACUGUAGCCCUCUAGUGGAGAAGGCCAGGAAGCAGGGUCAUGAAGUCCUGGUGUGUGACAACCUCCAGCUUCCCUUCAGGGACCAGGUCUUCAAUGCUGUUAUCUCCAUAGGAGUGAUCCAUCAUUUUUCAACCAAAGAAAGAAGAAUCCGAGCAAUAAGAGAAAUAGCUAGAACCAUAAUCCCAGGGGGCAUGGUCAUGAUAUAUGCCUGGGCCUUGGAACAAAAGCGCCGGCGUUUUGAAAAGCAGGAUGUGUUUGUUCCAUGGAACAAGGCCUUGUGCUCAAGAAACCCCUCUGAAUCAGGUGAGAAUACCAGCAAAGAUAAACCUGUUGACAUCCAUCCAACUGUGUACUCAGAGGAAUACAGGUGGAUAGAUGCUUUGAGAAAGGAGAUCAGCACUAAGCGUUCAUACAGUCUAGGCAGCUGCAUAUCAGUCGGAAGAUGCUGCAUUAAAAAUCCAGAACAAGAGAACAGGUUUUACAAUGGCCUGGGGAAGUCCCUCCGCUCUUGGUUCUUUUCCAAGUCACUUGAUGAAUCCAGCAUGAAGAAAAACAUUGAGAAAAUGAAGCCCCUAAGGAGCUCUGAAGGGUGGGUAGGCAAUGCUGUUCUAGUCCAGCCUUCAAGGCACUGUAGUAUAGAUUUAGGUCAUGGUGGGUCAUUGUUAAAUGGACAGAGCUUUGAAGAGGAUGACGUAUUUGUAGAGACCACAAACCAUAAAGAAGCACAAUGGUGGAAAGCCACAGGCACUUUAAGAGAGAUAAAUGGAGGGCACCAAACAGUAGUCCACAGAAAGAAUGGUCCAGUAAAUGGAGAGCAAUAUAAGCCUACAGUUAACGGUACAAAUGAUUUAAAUUCUGUCAGUAAUAGGAUCUUCCGAAGAACCUCAACACUUGAUUCCACAGACUCUAUUCUUGAUGAAAUAGAUGUGGAGGAUGAACAGGACAAUCUGGUAGAUACUAAAGACUUCAUGCGCUAUUACCAUGUUUUCAAGGAAGGGGAGCUGUCACAUCUAAUUGAAGAGAAUGUGAAUGAACUCAGUAUAGUCAGUUCAUGCUUUGACCAUGGCAACUGGUGUGUCAUUGCAAAGAGGAAAAUGCCAGGAGUCAGUGCUUUGUAAUAUGCCACACAGAAUCAGAAUGUAAUCAUAAGGCUUAUCCAUUAGCAAAAGACUGCUUUUACAGAAUAAAAGCUAUUAAAUGAUGGCCAAUAACUUGUGAUUACAUUUGUUUGAGAAGUGUAGCAAAGUGAAAAAUAAGUGUUUAUAUAAAGUCAAUUUUAAACCUACUAUCCCUGUAUCAUUUUCAAUACAACUGAAUAAUAAAACAGGUGUGUAUUGUGCGCUUAAGCAGUUGUAUACCGGAAGGAAAUGUGAAUUUAUAAGUUACCUACACAAGCCCUGUCAAUUAUAUUUUUUCAUCUAAUUUCUGCUUAAUUUGUUACUAUACAUUUGUAGGUUUAUAAAUGUGUAUUGGAGACAUUUUUACAAAUGUUUACUGUAUUGUUUUAUUUUAUUUAAAUGUUUUCAAGCAGUGGUGCUACUAGGAUUCGGUUGGUCUGGGGUGCCUCUGAUCUUCACUGGAGUCUUUGCAAACAGCUUUGUGCAGCAGAAUUAAAAAAGACUCCUUGCAUCCUUGGGCUAUAUGGCUAAUCACUUAUAGAAAGCGCCUACACAUUUGUGACACCUCAAAAAACUUGUGGGGUACAACAACAUUUUGUCGGUGGACACACCAAACAACCCCACUUAGUGGUGCCACUGUUUUUAAGUAAUUUAUCCAGUUCAUUCCAAAUGAAUGGAAAUGAUGAGACACAAUUACUAGCUGGAUAGCUAGUAUAUUUGCAGAAUUGAUAUUUCAAUUUCAUUGUAAGAAGGAGUCUGGCAAUUAAUCUAAUCUUACAAGGUAAUUUUGUGGACAUAAAUCAACUGCAUAUACUUUGCAAUAGUUCAAUAACAAGCACAACUAUGUUGUACUCAACAAGGGUAUUACAGUGUAUUACUUUAUAACAGAUUUAAAUAUGCAGAUGGAUAGGUUAAAACGCUCAAUGGCAAUUUUAAAUUUGAAACACGGCAUUGCUGUAUAUAUCUUAGUUUGCAGUUGGUACCGUCUCUCCCCUUAAAAAAAACGCACAUUUGUUUUUCUUCUCUUGCAGCAUUAAAAUGCAACGUCUUAUUAAAAAAGGCUGCCUACUGAGAACCACCCCAUACUGUUGGAGAAAAAACAUAUCCUGCAUUUCAGGCACCUUUUACUUAAAUGUUGCUCUGGUAAACACACCAACAAAAUGAACCAAGUGCUUCAGUGGUCAUUUACAAUUUAGAAUUUGAUGUAAAUAUACGCUAUGAUCAAGUGGUACCACUUGGGCAAUUCACGAAUUUGACAACUUAGAGAAAGUCAGGGUGAAUGUAGCAGCUAAUGCUAGUUGUAGAUGUAAACUAAAAUAAAUAUAAACAAAUCAGAUACAGUAUUUUAGACUUCUGUAUUUAUUGAUAGCAUAAUUAGCUUUGUUUAACAAUUCUAUUAUCAUUUCAAAAGCCAUACUAGUAGUACAGUAUUUCAUGUUAGAUUUCAAAAUGCCACAUUUUUUCAAUUUUGGUCAGUAUAUGGAAAACUACAAAGCGGUAUGUAAUUUAAUAUGUUAAAGUAAAAUUAUUCAGCAGGUUUCAUUUGACUUUAUGAAGCAAAAUUACUUCAUUCUUUAGGGUGAUGCAAAACUUUUGGUCAUAGCUGUAUAUUCUGUACCUGUGUAUAUGUAUUUUGGUAGAUCAUUCAUUGAGACACAGUUAAAGUCCAAGAAAAUACUCUUCUUUGAAGCUAUGCUGUUAAUGUAAAAUGUGAAUAUAAUAAUGUAUUAUUUGAAUACUUGUAUAACAAAUGUUCAUUGUAACUUCUGGUUGUUAUCAUAAAUAAUAUUACCCCACUAUGUGCACAAUAACUGUUCGUACUAAUUCUUUAGUAAUAUGAAAAAACUGUAAAUUACCAACAUGAUCUGCUGUGAAUGAAAACAUAAUAAGGUAAGGUUUUAGUGUCAGAAAACAACGAAUAUCACAUGACUUCAUUCAAACGGUUCAGCAGUGUGUGUGUGUGUGUGUGUGUGUGUGUGUGUGUGUGUGUAUAUUUAUAAAAUGUUAUGUAGUACCUUCCUUUUUAGGUAUUGUUAGGUUGCUACGGCCACAAAACCCUGUCAUUUAAUUUUAUGUUUAAUGUGCGAUAGCGCAAUCUUUAAU